AUGCUGCGAGGGUCGAAACACCUUGUCGCGAAUACACUUGUGCACUGGGGGACCUGGAUUGGCUGUGUCCUGGGUGUUGCUGUCGUUGCGUAUAUUAUUGCAAGUGCCAUUCCUAAUUUUGAUAGUCUCAUCUCUUUUAUCGGGGCUUUGCUGGGAACGCUACAGAGUUUCCAGCCGAGUGGUUGCAUGUGGUUGUAUGAUAAUUGGAGCAGGGGCAGAGAACAGCGAUCGCAUAAGUGGGCCCUCGGAGUAUGCUGGAACAUCUUUGUUGUUGUCUGCGGCACAUUUUUGAUGGUGGCUGGCACAUAUGGGUCUGUUGUUGGGAUUAUUGACUCUUUCAGGACUAAUGGUGGAUCGGGUGUUUGGUCUUGCGCUGACAAUUCCAACUCUGUAUAA